UUUGUGAUCAUCAUGACGACGUUGGCGUAUUACGAUUCUAGAGAGAGAAACAAGAUAGAGAGAGAAGGGUCAAAGCAGCAGCUACCAGCGCGGCAGAAGCAGCAGCAGCAGUAUUUGUAAUGAUUUCGUAGAGAGAGAAGAGAGAGAAAGAUCAGAAGCUCGUGAUGAGAAUUUUUCUUUGCAGAGGGUAGACCAGUCGCAGACGAUCAGAGUCCCCAAAGGAAUUUACAGGCCCCCUUCUUCAGCUUCCUCCCCUUGGUGGGUUUUUGGGGUAUAGAAAAAACUUGAUCAAGAACCGAAGAAAGUGGAAAGAAAGAGGUAUUUUGGAGAGAAGAGUUAAAAAUAGGUACCCAUUUGGUCAUUUCGGGAGAUUUUCUUGUGUUUAGAGAGAUGGGUAGUUGUGGGAGGAAUGGAAGUGUGAGGCAGUACGUAAGAUCGAAGGUGCCUCGUUUGAGAUGGACUCCUGAUCUUCAUCACUGUUUCGUUGAUGCCAUUGACAGGCUUGGUGGCCAAGAGAAAGCAACGCCAAAGAUGGUUCUUCAGAUGAUGGAUGUGAGAGGACUCACCAUUUCACAUGUCAAAAGCCAUCUCCAGAUGUACAGGAGCAUGAAGAGUGAUUUGAGCAAAGGUAGGAUUUCCAGCCAAGAAAGAAAACAAUCUUAUGAAGAUCAUAGUGAUGAUGGGUGUUUGGAUCAAGGAAAUGGUUUGGGUUUCUCUCCCUCUUUAAAUCACAUUGAAGAACCGGAUUCUUACUUGAUGAUCAACUGUCCUCUUCCUACUAAAAGAGCUCGAAUCGAGAAGGAGAUGGGUUUAGUAGAAGAAUCAGAGAGUGUGGAAUACUGCAACAAAAGAGUGGCAAGUGGGAAAGUGACAAAUCCGUACUCUUUGGAUGAUUAUAGGCAGGCUAUAGCUGAGCAAAGUGGAAUAAAGGAGGAGGAGGCUGUGGAGAGAGAUGAGGAGGGUGGUGGUUACAGAUGGCAGGCCCAUAUUCCCCAUCAUCUUUUUUACAACCUCAACAAUUCUUUUGGCUAUGCAAGUUCUGUGGAACAAUCUGAUUUCCUCAAGAUGGCCAUGCAAGAAGGCCAACAACAUGCAUCUUCAAAGCGCUUGAAAUUCAACAACUCUGGAAAUCAUCAUGCGAAGGAUGAAGAGGCCGGUGGUGGCAGAUUGUCACUGUCACUCUCAUUGCACCAACCCUCUGCCCAGAUAAGUAAUGGUUCUAAUUCGACGAGUGAGAUCGGUGAGGCAAUCUCGUCUUACUCCAGGUCUUAUAUCAAUGACUGCUCUGUUGGUUCCUCCUCGGAAAAGCGCCCCAUUAACUUGGAUCUCUCUAUUGCUUUAUGCGGUAGCUAAGUAUACUGUACAAGUUUAUAUAUGUUUAAUCGGGUGAUUUCAUCCCUAUUUUGCUCUGGUUGAGUUUUGUAUUUAAUCUAUGGCUUUAAAUAGUAGGAUGUACUAUCGGAAUUCUUUCCACCCCUACAUAUUAAUGGGAAAAAACUGUGUUAUUAGUUA